CGCGUGCGUUUGUGUUGAUGAGCGUCACCGAGAUAGUGACGUCACCUAGACGACACCAGCAGCGCGCCAAACGCAAAUAAGCUGAGGAGGAAGUCGCCGCUGAGCAAAGCAAAGCAAAGCAAGCCUUGCAAGCAAAGCCCCAUGGCAUGAGUGUAGACGGGCAAGAAAAGGGAUUGUGGAGAGGUGGGGGAGGCAGAGCUAGAGUUUGGAGAGGAUGGAGCACGAGAGGAGGCCAUACUGUGGAAUACAGGAAUGGCGCCGGAGGAAAACACUCAGGAGGUUAUCAUGGCUGGAGGGGUAGCAGAGGACGAGGAGCAUUGAGUAGGGGCAGAUCUGCUCAUGGAGUUGAAUAUGAACAAAAAGGAAACGAGGGAGGAACAGAAGGAAAAUUGGGAUCAAGGUUUUCCCAGACAACUUUAGAUCAAUUCUGCCCAUACAAGGGAUGGCAGCUUUACUUUUCAGAAGGUUACAGUGAAAAUUCUCCAUAUGUGGAAAAGAUUGAAGCAUUCGAAACAUUUUUCUCCAACCGAAUUGAACUGUAUGAUAAAGAUGAAAUUGAAAGGAAGGGUAGUAUCCUUGUUGAUUAUAAAGAUAUUCUGCAAGAUGAAAAUGUGUUGAAAUCAAUUCCAGUUGUAGCCGAAGAGUUGAAAAACAUGCCCGCAAAACUGUUAGAUUGCAUGGGAUUAGCAAUCCACCAGGUUCUGACCAAAGAUUUAGAAAAACAUGUGGCAGAACUUCAAGAGCAGGAAGGACUUCCACCAAUUGUCAGUGUGCCUCAUAUUCAUGCCAGAAUAUACAAUUAUGAACCCUUGACUCCACUGAAGUGCUUACGUGCAAAUUUCUAUGGAAAAUUCAUUGCUCUGCGAGGAACUGUAGUUCGUGUCAGCAACAUUAAACCAAUGUGUGCCAAAAUGGCCUUUACAUGCAACACUUGUAGAGAAAUACAGUGCCUAGCUCUUCCUGAUGGCAAAUUCACAACACCUACUAAGUGUUGUCGUCCAGAUUGUCGAAGUCGGUCAUUUUUACCGAAUCUGAGCUCUCCCUUAACAGUUACUGUGGACUGGCAGACUAUCAAAGUUCAAGAACUUAUGUCUGAUGACCAGAGAGAAGCUGGGCGGAUUCCUCGUACGAUUGAGUGUGAACUGUCUCAUGAUCUGGUAGACAGCUGUGUUCCAGGUGACUUGGUUUCUAUCACAGGAAUAGUUAAAGUCUGCAGUAGUGACGAAGGUAAUGGAAGAAACACAAAUGACAAAUGUAUGUUUUUACUGUAUAUUGAGGCAAAUUCCAUCAGUAACUCCAAAGGGCAGAAAGCAAAAUCUUCAAUGGAAUCCGACACAGAAGGACCCUCAGUUGAGUUUUCCCUAAAAGAUCUUUAUGCAAUUCAAGAAAUUCAGUCUGAAGAAAAUUUGCUAACUUUAAUUGUCAAUUCUCUUUGCCCAGCAAUUUAUGGCCAUGAGCUUGUAAAAGCCGGUUUAGCACUUGCUUUAUUUGGAGGAUGUCAAAAGUACCUUGAUGAUAAGAAUCGGAUCCCAGUAAGAGGUGACCCCCAUAUGUUGGUGGUUGGAGAUCCAGGACUUGGUAAAAGUCAAAUGCUACAGGCAUUAAGCAGGAUUGCUCCACGUGGUGUGUAUGUUUGUGGGAAUGCCUCAACAUCGUCCGGACUUACCGUAACUUUGUCACGUGAUAGUGCAUCAGGGGAUUUUGCUUUAGAAGCUGGAGCACUAGUGCUUGCAGAUCAAGGACUUUGUUGCAUUGAUGAAUUUGACAAAAUGGGAAAUCAGCAUCAAGCCUUGUUAGAAGCGAUGGAGCAACAAAGUAUUAGUCUUGCCAAAGCUGGGAUUGUAUGCACCUUGCCAGCCAGGACCACAAUCGUUGCUGCAGCAAAUCCAGUUGGUGGCCACUACAACAAAGCAAAAACUGUGUCAGAGAAUUUAAAGAUGGGAAGUGCAUUGCUGUCCAGAUUUGACUUAGUUUUUAUUCUGUUGGAUACUCCAAAUGAAGACAAUGACCACAUGCUUUCUGAACAUGUGAUGGCCAUGCGUAUGGGUAGGAAAAGUGCUGUAAGCAGUGCUGCUAUCGCUCGAAAGACUGGUGAAAAUUCCAGCUCUUCAGUUUUGGAAGUUCUUUCUGACAGACCUCUACUGGACAGAUUGAAGAGCACAUCUAUAGAGAACUUUGACCCUAUACCACAUCAGCUGUUAAGAAAAUAUGUUAGUUAUGCCCGGCACUACGUUCACCCAAGAUUAUCUCCAGAAGCUGCACAAGUAUUACAGGAAUUUUAUCUGGAGCUGAGAAGGCAGAACCAUGGAGCCAACAGCACUCCUAUAACUACACGCCAGCUGGAGUCUCUUAUUCGUCUUACAGAGGCAAGAGCAAAGCUGGAACUCCGUGAAAUUGCUUCAAAACAGGAUGCAGAAGAUGUUGUGGAAAUAAUGAAACACAGUUUACUUGAGACUUUUUCUGAUGAGUUUGGUAAACUUGACUUUGAACGUUCACAACUGGGCUCUGGAAUGAGCAACCGGUCACAGGCAAAGAAGUUCAUCGCAGCUCUGAACAAAAUAUCUGGGCAGACAUACACUAACAUUUUUACUUUUCACCAGCUUCGGCAAAUAGCAAAUGACCUACAGAUAAAGGUGGCUGAUUUUGAAGGAUUUAUCAGCUCCUUGAAUGAGCAGGGCUAUCUUUUACAUAAAGGUACAAAGAUUUACCAGCUUCAAACGGUGUGACAGAU